GCUUGCCACGGCCUUUGAUUGCGCCACGAAGGACCAGCUUGAGCAAGCGAAGAGCAAGAAGAAGGCACAAGAAGCCAAGGCGCAAGAACAGCAGCGUCAGACUUUGAGACAGAAUGAGCGAAAUCGGCAGUGGGAGAAGGACGAGCAGAAGAAGCAGAGAGAAAAAGCCCGGGAGGAGAGCAAGCAGGCUGCCGAGCUCGAAAAAGUGAAAAAGCGCGCCUUCGCUGAGAAGGUCGUUGAGGCAUACUGGGAUGGGGAGAAGAGCUGGGUGGCAUGGCCGCAAGUGGCCGCCAAAGCAGGCGAAGUCAGGAUCGCUGUGCCAAUCGUGCUUGCUUCGCCAGUCGUGGUCCCGGUGAUACCACAGCCUUGCCCAAGCAUGGGGAUCCCGGGGCCCAUGCAGAAAGCGUGGAUCCCCCCACUUUCAGAAGCCAGCAGCCACAGCACAGCAGCCUCGGCCUCUAGCUCCCAGGGCUCGACUCGAGCCCGGCUCCCCAGCAAAGCCUCGGCCAACCAGAAGCGGAUCAACAGGGAGCUUGUCGUAGCUGGCAAGAGGAGUGGUCUCGAUGUUCUGAAGAUGGUGGCAACGCACCUGGGACAGAUGAAUGGCGUGAAUGUGGCUACGGCUUUCCACCGCAUGUCACAGGCCCCUGGACAUGAAGGAGAAGAGCUUUUGGCUAGCGCUGCCUUCAGCAGCAUGCUGGAGGUGGCGGAGUGCUACGCCGAGCAGGAACUGGCAAAGAGAGAUGCUUCGCUGCCAGCGAAUUGCUGCACCAUCAUCGCCUGGUCCUGCGCUCGGCUGAGGGUUUUCCCUCCGUCGCUUUUUGCGAAGUUGGCGGCUGUGGCGACGCCGCAGCUGGGAAGCUGUCAGCCUUACGAGAUCACGAAUUUGCUGUGGGCUUUCGCAGAGUUCCACAAGUACGAGCAGAACGCUGCUUCGGCCCUGGACCCGGAGCUCCGGGCCCUCGUAGAUGCUGUGGCAGAGGCCUUCCGGCUACGAAGCUUCGGUGCUUUUAAGGUGCAAGUCCUUACCUCGGCCCUCAUGUCCGUCAGCGCGUUUCCCUGGGACCCGAGCUUCACCAAGACCUGGAUCCUCACCAGCACCUUCCAGGAGCUAGUUUCACGCUGGGAGGAGCUGGCAUUCGAGGGUCAAGCGCAAGUGGUGCUUGCACUCAAGCGGCUAAGCAUCAAGUGUAAUCCUUUGUACAGAAGUCUCGUGAGCAAGGCGGGCGGGAUUAUGAUCUCACUGGAGGCUCAUGGGCUGAAAGAAUGA